AAGCUUUCGAGGAGCACUUGAAAGCACCAUAGAAUCAGCUGGAAGGGACCUGCAAGGAGGAGGAAGCGCCGCUCCACGCAUCUGACAUAGCGAUCGUCAGCCUCCAGGCGGCAGGUUCACCAGGUUGAUCCAGAGACUUCUAGCCGCUGUCGGUACCUCCGUGUGUUUCAGUCCCUGCUGUUGACUACAGAGGAAUUUCACCUCUGGAAACGAGUUAGAACAUUCACGAUAAUGCCCACAAUAAAAUUACAGAGCUCCGAUGGGGAAAUCUUCGAGGUGGAUGUUGAGAUAGCCAAACAGUCGGUCACCAUCAAGACUAUGUUGGAAGAUUUGGGGAUGGAUGAUGAAGGAGACGAUGACCCAGUUCCACUCCCUAAUGUGAACGCUGCUAUUCUAAAGAAGGUGAUUCAGUGGUGCACUCAUCACAAAGAUGACCCCCCACCUCCCGAGGAUGAUGAGAACAAGGAGAAGAGGACUGACGAUAUUCCCGUAUGGGACCAGGAGUUCCUCAAAGUGGACCAAGGCACCUUGUUUGAACUCAUCCUGGCCGCCAACUAUUUGGACAUCAAAGGCCUGUUAGAUGUCACCUGUAAGACGGUGGCCAACAUGAUCAAAGGCAAAACCCCAGAGGAGAUCAGGAAGACUUUCAACAUCAAAAAUGAUUUCACAGAGGAGGAGGAAGCCCAGGUACGCAAAGAGAACCAGUGGUGUGAAGAGAAGUAAAGGGGAAGACUCUGCCAACACUACCACACUGAAUAGGAAUUGCCCCUGCUAACUGGUUGCACUGGCGUUGUUCAUACUUGUCAAUAUUUACAUUUAGUAUAUUGAGAGCCACAUAACCACCUCCUUCCUACUCCCUCACUUUCUCUAUACCCACAGCAUGACCGUUUUAACUUGACUGUGUGUUGUCAUUAAUUUAAAUAAAAGAAAAAAAAUAGUCUUUUGUUUCCACAUUUAUUCACUUAAAAAUAGUUCUGGUUUCAUGGCUUUGUACCCUUAAAGAUUAGAAGAUGGUCCUUUCCUAUUUUACCUAUUGUUAAUUGAAAUGGUUGUCUUUUUUACUGGACAUGUUUGUUUUUCUUUUAGGUUAACUGAUUGAAUAAAAUAGCUUUUUUGACAAUGGAAAUGAAUGGGGCGAAGAUUUUAUUUAUGCUCUGUAAAUGCAUAUGUUCUGUGAAACCAUGUUGAGAGAGGGAGGGCUGUUUCAAGGAAAAGUGAAGGUUGAGGUGGAAAGAUGUUUUAUGUCCUUUGGACUCGAAGUAUCUUGUGCGUUUGUCACACAGCAUUGGGUAACUCGUUCCAAAUUCAUGUUGUAUUGAAUUGGAAACUUUUCUCAGAUAAGCUCUGAUGCUGACCUUUGGGAUGAUCAAACAUAUAUUGAAGGACUAAAUAAAACAUGUAAAAAGGU